AUGUCCAUUAGAGAAAAGAUUGAUAGCCUCAAGGAGGAUGACGUGUUCAUCUCGCUUGAGUUCUUCCCUCCAAAGACUGAAUCGGGUAUUAGGAACUUAUUGGCCCGUAUGGAACGUAUGAGUGCGAUGAACCCACUCUUCGUUACGGUGACAUGGGGUGCUGGUGGCUCAACUGCUGAAAAGACGUUGUCAUUGGUUCAAACCUGCCAGAGGGAGAUGGACCUCACCACAUGUAUGCAUCUCACUUGUACAAACAUUGACAAGUCCAUCAUUGACGAUGCCUUGGCCAAGGCCAAAGCAGCCGGUGUCAGAAACAUCCUUGCGCUGAGAGGUGAUCCUCCACGAGGCGAGGAGUACUUUGUUCCCAACAGCGCAGACUUCUCGCAUGCUGUUGAUCUGGUCAAGUACAUCAAGAAGCAGUACGGUGAUUGGUUCUGUGUUGGAGUUGCUGCGUACCCUGAGGGUCACUGCGAAGGUGCUGACUCCGCCAAUCAGAGCGUUGCUAAGGACUUGCCAUAUCUGAAGGAGAAAGUGGACGCGGGUGCUGACUUCAUCAUCACCCAGCUGUUCUACGACGUUGAGAAGUUCCUAACCUUUGAGCAGAUGGUUAGAAAUAACAUCUCCAAGGAUAUCCCUAUCCUGCCUGGGUUGAUGCCAAUCAACACAUACCAGUUAUUCCACAGGGCUGCGAAGUUGUCCCAUGCGUCAAUCCCAAGAUCAAUCUUGGAUAGGUUCCCUGAGAGCAUCCAAAAUGAUGAUGACAAGGUCAAAUCUGUUGGUGUGGAUAUCCUCAAGGAUAUCAUCCAUGAGAUUUACUCCAGAACUAAUGGACGUAUCAGGGGUUUCCACUUCUAUACCCUCAACUUGGAAAAGGCCAUUGCCCAGAUUGUCGAAAAGUCAAGUCUGCUCAAUGGCAUGAUUGAGAACGACGAUGAGGAUGUCAUCAUGGAUGACGACGAGGAUCACAUCGCCACAUUGAAAACGGCCCGUUCCAGCUCCGUCUCAAACAGAGUUCUUGUUGAUAAACUCCAAAGAGACCCGGUCGAUUUCCAGGAUGCCUCCGAUUUCAAGUUGCAAGCACCUUCGAAAAAGGCCAUCUUGGCCAUCUCGAGUGGUGAAGGUACUCUGGGUCGUGAUGCCACGUGGGAUGAGUUCCCUAAUGGUCGUUUUGGUGACUCCCGUUCUCCAGCAUACGGUGAAAUUGACGGGUAUGGACCUUCACUGAAGAUCGCCACUGAGCGGGCCUAUGAGCUAUGGGGUUAUCCUGUGGACUUGAAGGACGUUUCCAACGUUUUCGUUGGAUAUUUGGAAGGUAAGAUCGAUGCAUUGCCGUGGUCUGAGUUGGGAUUGAGUCCUGAAACAGCCAUGAUCCAGGAAGAGUUGAUCCAGCUUAACGAAAGAGGCUAUCUGUCUCUUGCUUCACAGCCUGCCUGUGACUCUGCAAGAUCUGAUGAUAAGAUCUUUGGAUGGGGCCCAAAGGGUGGUUACGUCUACCAAAAGGCAUUUGUUGAGUUAUUUGUCAGUCGUGACGCCUGGCUGAAUACAUUGAAGCCUAAGCUCCUCUCCAAUGAGAAGGCUGGCUACUAUCUAGGUGAUUCUAGAGGGGGAUUUGAGUCGUCCCUGGACACCAAAUCGUCCAAUGCUGUCACAUGGGGUGUUUUCCCGGAUCGUGAGAUCCUGCAAACCACCAUCAUCGAAGAAGAGUCAUUCAAGGCAUGGAGAGACGAGGCGUUCAGUAUCUGGCUAGAAUGGGCAAAGCUUUACAAGAAGAACACUCCAUCGUACAAGUUGUUGCAGCAAAUCCACGACGACUAUCUUCUCGUGACUGUUGUCUGCCAUGAUUACCGUAACGAAACUGGAUUAUGGGAUUUGCUCUUGGAAUGA